AUGGAGGAAGAUGCGAGUAACAACAAUGGUGGCCUUCGACCCCUUUCACAACCUACACUUGCGUCGAGAUUCCCAUCAUUGAGGAGGCUGAAUUCCAGCGAACCAUACCGUCACAGGUCGCUGCCUCCAGGUGAACCAACAUCAUCUGAUGGCGAGAGCGAGACGACUUUCGCAGUAUUUCACGACGAUGGACCAGAUUAUCAUGUUGGACAUUAUGAUGGAGCCGAGUCAAUGGCCACAGGUCAAAGACCAGAAUCGCAGACCUCCUUUGCUCCCUCAUUCCGCACCAGAGACAGUCGGGUAUUCAGUGAUGACCACGACAUCGAUCGACACUCUGACCUACUGGCAAACCAAAGACUUCUAGCAGAGGGUUACAUGAACAACAAUGAUCCAUAUAUGGACCAACCCUCACCAGCAUACAACAUGUAUUCACAAGAAACACUAACAAGCACCAACUACAAUAAUGGUUAUCCUAAUGAAAAAUCCACUCUCGGCAUGCCACUUUACGAUCGCCCAGUAAGCUCGCAUUCGCAUCAAAGUUGGUGUACAUGCGACGAUGAUCAUGGUCAUGCUCAUAAUGAAGGCCCUCGAGGUCCAAACUUUGACAUAGAAGCGCAGAAGGAGCCUUCGACGCCUACACCAUUCCUACCUGCCGAGGAAAAGAAAGGUCCUCCAUCAGGCGUUAAAGGUCUCGGCGGUCCCGGUGGUCCUGGCGGUCCAGGAGGAAAAGGCCCAGGAGGACCAGGAGGCCCUCCAGGUGGUGGUCCGCCUGGCUUGCCACCUUUUCCUCCUGGAUUUCCAGAUGAGCUAAAGGUCUCCUUCGAAGGUCCCAACGAUCCCCUAAAUCCUAAGAACUGGCCCUCGAAGAAGAAAUGGGCCGCGACUGCCUGUAUUGCCAGUUUUACCUUCCUUUCACCUCUAGCUUCGUCCAUGAUUGCGCCUGCGCUUGAUCAAAUCAUGGAAGAUUUCGACAUCACAGCACGACUCGAGGCGCAAAUCACACUUUCUAUCUUCGUGCUGGCUUACGCCGUCGGUCCUAUGCUACUCGGUCCACUAUCCGAACUCUAUGGUCGUGUCAUAGUUUCGCAAUGCUCUAAUGUCUUCUUCCUGAUAUUCAACACGUUGUGCGGCUUUGCUCAAAGCAAGGAACAGCUGAUGGCAUUCCGAUUCCUGGCCGGUCUUGGUGGUUCUGCUCCCCUCGCGCUAGGUGGUGGUGUACUCGGCGAUAUCUUCAAACCAGAAGAGAGAGGAAAAGCCAUGGGUUUGUACGCGAUGGGUCCUUUGCUUGGUCCUGCCAUCGGUCCACUCAUAGGUGGUUGGGUUACUGAGUACUCAACCUGGCGAUGGAUGUUUUACGGUACAUCCGUCGUCAAUCUUAUCAUCCUGAUCGUCGGCAUCGUCUACUUCAAGGAAACGUAUGCGCCCUACCUACUCCACAAGAAAGCAAAGGCGAUCAGGAAGAAGACUGGUAAUGAGGGUUUCCGAGCCCCAGGCGAAGACGACUUGAACCAACCGGUAUACAAGAAGGUUGCUAAGACAAUGGGUCGUGCUUUCGGUAUGCUCUUCACUCAACCAAUCGUACAAGUCAUGGCGCUUUACAUGGCUUUCUCGUAUGGUAUCCUCUAUCUUAUGCUUUCUACCUACCCAGCACUAUGGAAGCAACAAUACGGUCAAUCUCCUGGCUUCGCUGGUUUGAACUACAUUUCUCUCGGACUGGGUUUCUUUCUCGGCGCUCCUCUCUGCGGCAAAGCCAACGACACAAUCUACAAGAAGCUCAAGGCGAAGGCUCCAGACGGUAAAGGUCAACCUGAAUUCCGUAUGCCACUUGUCAUCGUGCUCUCGACAUUUGUACCUAUAGGCCUCCUUGUCUACGGCUGGUCUGCUCAUGCGAAAACUCACUGGAUCUUUCCCAAUAUCGGCGCUUUUAUCUUCGCUGUCGGCACUAUUGCUGCCUUCCAGUGCGUCACCACCUACCUUGUCGAUACAUUUAUGCGAUUUGCAGCAUCUGCAGUCGCUGCCGUUACUGUUCUUCGGUCCCUGUUCGGCUUCGCGUUCCCAAUCUUCGCACCAGCCAUGUAUGAAUCUCUGGGCUACGGCUGGGGUAAUACAGUCCUAGCUAUCGCUGCUGUUGGUAUUGGUCUACCUACACCAAUUCUACUCUGGAUCUACGGCAAGAAACUACGACAGCGCUCAAGUAUGGCUAGAGAGGCUGCAGCUAUGAUGGCCAAGAUGGGUGGUCCCGGAGGUCCUGGUGGCCCUGGAGGGCCAGGUAAAGGGCCAGGCGGUCCAGGAGGACCUGGAAAAGGUGGAGAGGAUGUGAAAAAGGCUGCCGGACCUAAGCCCGAUCGAGCACCACCUACUCAGUGA